AUGGCGGCGGCGGCGGCGGCGGCGGCGAAGAUAGCGCCGUCCAUGCUGUCGUCGGACUUCGCCAACCUCGCCUCGGAGGCCGAGCGCAUGGUCCGCCUCGGCGCCGACUGGCUCCACAUGGACGUCAUGGAUGGGCACUUUGUUCCUAAUUUAACUAUUGGAGCUCCAGUGAUUGAGAGCUUGAGGAAGCACACAAAGGCAUAUUUGGACUGCCAUCUCAUGGUCACAAAUCCUUCAGAUUAUGUAGAGGCAUUUGGAAAAGCUGGUGCCUCAGGAUUCACGUUCCAUAUAGAAGUAACCAGGGAUAACUGGAAAGAGCUCAUCCAAAGCAUUAAAGCAAAGGGCAUGCGACCUGGUGUAUCAUUGAAGCCUGGUACUCCUGUGGAGGAUGUUUUUCCCCUGGUGGAAGCAGAAACCCCUGUAGAGUUGGUUCUCGUGAUGACGGUCGAGCCUGGCUUCGGUGGCCAGAAGUUCAUGCCGGAGAUGAUGGAUAAGGUGCGUACGCUGAGGAAGAAGCACCCGUCGCUCGACAUUGAGGUCGACGGCGGCCUGGGUCCUUCCACCAUCGACGCCGCCGCGUCGGCCGGCGCCAACUGCAUCGUCGCCGGGAGCUCCGUGUUCGGCGCGCCCGACCCCGGAGAGGUCAUCUCGGCGCUGCGCAAGAGCGUGGAGGCGUCGCAGAUCAAGAGCUGA